CUUUCCGUCCGCGCCCAGCCCAGCGUGCCACUGUUCCCGGCAGCGGGCUCCGGCACCACUCGUCCGCUACGCCAGUGCGGCCCCCGGGUCACUCCCCGCUCACCCAGAAUGGAAAUCCCACCAAGCCACUACCCAGCCUCCCGGGCGGCCUCGGUGGCGGAGAACUGCAUCAACUACCAGCAAGGGACCCCCCACAAGCUGUUCCUGGUGCAGACGGUGAAGCAAGCGAGCAUGGAGGAUAUUCCAGGAAGAGGGCACAAGUAUCACCUUAAAUUUUCAGUGGAAGAAAUUAUCCAAAAAGUACUUACAGUGAACUGCACUGCUGAUGUACUUUACCCUCCAAUGGGCCAAGAAACUGCCCCCGAAGUCACCUUCACAUUGGAAGGAGAUAUUAGCAAGAACCCCGAUGAAGAAGACAACACGUUUUAUCAAAGACUCAAGGCCAUGAAGAAACCUCUAGAAGCCCAAAAUAUUCCAGACAGUUUUGGAAAUAUAUCUCCAGAAAUGAAGCCAGUUCGACACUUAGCCUGGGUUGCCUGUGGUUAUAUAAUAUGGCAGAAUUCUACUGAAAACACAUGGUAUAAGAUGGUAAAAAUUCAAACUGUCAAGCAAGUGCCAAGAAACGAUGACUUUAUUGAAUUAGACUAUACCAUUUUACUUCAUGACAUAGCCUCUCAGGAGAUCAUUCCCUGGCAAAUGCAAGUUCUGUGGCAUCCACACUAUGGCACCAAGGUAAAACAUAACAGCCGUCUGCCAAAGGAAGCACAGCUGGAAUAAACCAUGUGGCUGACACUGGGAUGAAUGCGAACAUGACCCUCAAUGACAUGUGUGCCCCUCUCAACUGGGAGCUAGAUAAGGGGCCAAACAAAUCCCAAGGUGUCACCUUGUAGAAAUGUCUUGAUUAUAGUACAGAACGACACAGAUUCCAUAAUACCGAGUGCCACUACAUAACACUGUCUUUACAGUAGUAAUAGUGCUAUGUAUAUCCCCAUGUAAUAAAAAGCUUUAACUGCA